GAAGGUCUUAACGAUCUGUUAGUACCGGAACUAUUACCAGAGGUUCACGAUAAUGUCGGUUAUUUGUGGAGUGAACUGGUUCGAUUGCUACGAGAAGUGCAAUAUACGGCCGAGGAUAAGCGACGCGAUGCGUUGAUGGAGAGUUUGCAAUCGGAACGAAACGUUCGAAUUCUGAUGUCGAGAAUGUUACCGGACGAUCCGGCAAGGCAUUGUGACUCGGUGAAAAUCAAUGCUGCCUCCAUACUCAUAACACUGCUCGAGACAAAUUUCGUGCCGAAUUGUCCGAGUCAUCAACUGGGAACCGAGGAACGGGGUGAGGCAGCCUCACAAUGGAUCGGUGGUCAACCCCAGCCAACAAGUGAAAAUGAACUGAACGGUACGCUCGUAUGGCAACCGGAUGCCGGUCGCGUUGUUGAGACUAUUGUGGCAGCAUCUACGGAUAAAAUUAUCAACGCAAUCAUUGAUUCACUUCAGGUGUGGUGUUGUUUUUAA